ACUCUGAUCAGUCAUGGAGAAGCACAGCCUCUCAGACAGCUAGAGACACGACUAUCCCGAGCAGCAGACAGACAGACAGACAGACUGAGUUGAUCUGAGAGCCGAGGGAGCUGUGCUCGUGUCAGGAUGGGAUGCGCGAUCUCUGGAUCCGGAGUGACUCCGAGAUCAGCAGAGAGCAGAAAUACCGAGGACGAGGCUCCAGCGAGACUCACUCCGGAUCACAUCCAGCUCAUCAAAGAGUCCUGGAGAGUCAUCCAGGAGGACAUCGCCAAAGUGGGAAUAAUCAUGUUUGUCCGGUUGUUUGAGACUCAUCCCGAGUGUAAGGACGUCUUCUUCUUGUUUCGGGACGUGGAGGAUCUGGAGAGAUUACGCACGAGUAGAGAGCUCCGCGCACACGGCCUGCGCGUGAUGUCGUUCAUCGAGAAGAGCGUGGCCAGACUCGAUCAGCUCGAGCGCUUAGAGACUCUGGCGCGGGAACUCGGCAAGAGCCACUUCCGCUACAACGCGCCGCCCAAGUACUACGGGUAUGUGGGAACCGAGUUCAUCUGCGCUGUUCGGCCGGUUCUGAAGGACAGAUGGACAGAUGAACUGGAGCAAGCCUGGAAGACGCUGUUCCAGUACGUGACGGGGAUCAUGAAGGACUCUUAUCUGGAGGAAGAGCGGAGCCGACACAAACACACGCCGACCCCCAGCAGAGAGCGGCCGGACAAGACAAACACAGCCAUUUAACCCACACACACCUGAUGUGCACAUACCAGAUUGAUUUUUAUUACAGUACACGAGCUUCACGUCUCUUCUGAAGAUGUUUCCUGUACAAGAUCGUGAUUCUCAGGUCAUGAUCAAACCAGUGAAUAAACGUCGUCUUUUAUUUGCAAAUCUACAAGGGUGCUUUUUAUUGAGGCCAAAUAAGAAAACUCAAACUUUCAGCUCGUUUCAAACUUAAAAAUAUCAUCCGAUUCAAUGAGAAAACUGAAACAUUAUUACAACAGGAGGAGACUGUGAGUUACUGACUGUAAUCUUCAUUCUCUCUUCAAUAUAAAACACUUUUGAAAUCAAAGUAUGGCUCGAGAUAUGAACUGAUGGACACGAUGCAUC